AUGUGCAAAUUAAAAUAUAUAUAUAUAUAUAUAUUUAUUGCUUCGCUGGGAAAUCUUGGCAGCAGUUGUCAAAAUAGAGAAGAAGUCCUAGCUAUAAUUUUUUAUUACUCAUGUAAUAAAUUUUUCGCAAAGAGUCAUCUCUUUAUCAUAUGAGAAGUUAAAUUUUUAAUGCGCGAUGUUAAAGAUGAGAGGGUUGAAAGGGUAAAAUUUAAAAAAAAUUCCAUUUAUACAGGCCAAGCUGGAAGGGAAUAUGCAAAAACGCCGAAUUUUGGAGAAAUUUUAUGAAAAAGAGUUUAG